AGGAGUUUGAUGCCAGCUCCUGGGGGGGCCCUAGGGCUACUGGGGCCAUGAGCUCCCCGGCAGAGGCCAUCAGAGGGAUUUAGGCAGAAGUUGGAUGACCUCUAGGGAUAUUAGAGAGGAGGGUCUGUGUCAGGCUGGGAGAUGGUCUCACCUCCAGCUCUGAGAUUUGAGGAUUCUGAGGAGGUGUCAAAGUUAUGAUCCUUUGAGAUCAUAACCCCUCAGAGCUGGGAUUGUAACUCCCUGGGGCUGCUCCAUCUGACUCAUCCUUCUCUUUUGCCCUCUCUCUUUCUGGCCUGUUGUAGAAGAGUAGAUCGAAUGCUGAUGCUGCUUCUGAGGUUCUUAUAUCCCACAUCCCUUUAUUGCCCCAUUCUUCAGGGUCCUGUGUCCCUAUAUCCUGCCCCCAUCCAAGUGACCGAGGAAAUAGGUGAAGUAAUAGCUCCCAAACAGCCCCUAGGCCUGUGGGGCAAUUGCAACGAAUUCUCCACAAGGGCCUAUAAGAGGAGAGAUUAAGAAAGGGGUACCCACGAAGACCCCAAGGCUGCUGCAGACAUCUGCCUGCCUACUGGCAGCAUGGCAUCCCUCCUUCAUGGCACUCUCCUCUUCCUGCUGUUCUCCAUCCAUGGGGGUCCAGUCCUGGGCUCAGAGAUUGUGGGAGGAAGGACAGCUGUGCCUCACUCUCGUCCAUACAUGGCCUCUCUGCAGCAGCGUGGUAGUCACUUCUGUGGGGGGACGCUGAUUCAUCCUCGCUUUGUGAUGACCGCAGCCCACUGCCUGAGUGGCAAGAAUCCUCAGCGUGUGCAGGUGGUGCUGGGGGCCCACAACCAGCGCAGACAAGAGCCCACCCAGCAGAGAUUUCAAGUCCGGAGAGUUUUUGAGAAUGGCUUCAACCCUCAGACCCUACGAAAUGAUAUUUUAAUCCUGCAGCUGGAAGGCACGGCCACCAUCAAUGCCAAUGUUCGGGUGGCCCAGCUCCCCCAGCAAGGCCAGAAUGUGAGAGUUGGAACCCGGUGCCUGGCCAUGGGGUGGGGGCGUUUGAACAACAACAGAGGCCCACCUGAGCAGCUGCAGGAACUCAACGUGACUGUGGUUACCACUCGCUGCCCCACCAUCAGCCUCUGUACUCUGGUACCCCGCCGCAGGGCCGGAAUCUGUUUUGGAGACUCUGGGGGACCUUUGGUGUGUAAUGGAAUAGUCUAUGGUAUCGACUCCUUCAUUCGAGGAGGUUGUGGCUCCGGCUUCUACCCUGACAGCUUCACCCGGGUCUCCCAGUACGUCCAGUGGAUUAACUCCGUCCUCCAGCGUUCCACAGGCUAUGCCCAGUGGUCCUGGAGAAGGACAGUCACACGGAGGCAGAAGCUUUUCUAACCUACUUAUCCUCUCCCCACCAUGCUGCUGCAUUCCUGUGUAUACUUUCCCAUACCACAAAUGCAACAAUAAAAUUGUCUCCCAA